CAGUAACAGAUCGAAGGCUUACGAUUAUCCGUAUUGAAUUAGAUUCAGACGAUAUAUCUACGACACUACUUCCAAGAAAUGAUGCGGCCUGAAGCUCCAGAUCAGAGCUGCUAGUUUCUAACACACGACUUGAUUCUUUUCACUUUUCACUCCUCAACUUUUGUUCCUGGUGCACGACCCUCUCAUCUUUGCAGUUAUCCACAUAAUGUUCUACGAUCAUGCGGCCGCACGGUAUGUCUCAUACCAGGAAAGGCUGACAAACUUUUGCUUCAAUUGGGGAUUACCGAGCCCACGCUGGUAUCGAUGCUCCGAACAGCGCGGAAGACGCACAGCUUGGUCGAGUCUUGUAGGUAUCGGUCGAUUUGCAUUCUCAUGUCGUUUCUGGUUUGAUGUCAACUAUAUCAAAAAUGCUGACGAUGACGCUGCUGAGUUGGCUUUGGGGUACCUUGAAAGUAGGUGCCAGUUCUGGCGUAGGUCAUCGCAGAGGCGGUUCAGAAUCUUAGUAGGAUAUAGCAGAACAUCUUACAGUGUCUUUCUGUUUACACGCACAUAGCUGCCGUACAUCGUCUGCAAGACUGCCUGAGUGACUUCUGCCGUGUUAGAAUGCCUAAUCCCAGAGCCGUAGCCGAAGCUCAGGAUUCGACUUUUU